AUGCUGGACUGCAUGCUAGGUUCGUUGCUGAAUGUGAUUUGGUGCGUCAUCAUGCUGAUCUUCGUGAUGUACGUCUUUGCGCUCUUUGUCCAGCAGCUUCUGGCCUCGUACCUUGUGGAGGAUGGAGGACGGGAGAGUCCUGAGACUGUCGCGGAGAUCUACAGGUUCUUCGGCUCUGUGGGUAUGACCGUAAUCACCCUCUUCCAAGCGAGCACGAACGGCGUGGACUGGAGGGAUCCCUACCUGGUACUGGCAAUCUCAGGGCCAGUGUUGCCUGCUGCCUUCAUGUGCUACGUGGCCUUCGUCUUCAUCUCCGUUUGGAAUAUCAUCACCAGUACAUUUGUGGAGAAGGCCCUCAAGCUGGCACAGCCAGAUAUCGAUCUCCUCGUCAUGGAGCAGCAGCUUCAAGACUAUGAGGACACGCAGAUGCUGGCACAGCUCUUUGCCCACAUGCUGCACACGGAUGAGGACGGUUUGCAGCGCGUUGGGUUGGAGGAGUUCCGGCACCUGGUUGAGAACAGCGAGUUCCGCUCCUAUUUGCAGACCAGGGGAAUUGACAUCAAGAACGCCGAGACCUUUUUCAAGAUGCUGGUGGAGCUGCAUGGGGAGCCCACCAUUGAUGCCAUCACUUUUGCAAAUGCUUGUGUGCGCAUGAAAGGUGCUGCAACAAGCAUCGACCUGCAGACGGUCAUGUACACUACGCACCUGAUGAACAAGGAGCAGCGACGCGCUUUCCAGUUUAUGUACAGCCGCUUGAAAUCAAUCGAGUCAAUGCUCCGAGAGAAACCUGAUGAAUUUGACUGGCCGGAAGGGGCCUCCUUCCAGUCUCCAAAGAGCCAGCCGAACCUGAGCCGAGAAUGGUCCCGGUCCAGCCCUUUGAGCCCCUUGUCCCGGGGUCUGGAGAAGCUGUCAGCGGCCGAGCACUGA